AUGCGAUAUAACAAGGUGUAUGCAAACUUAAGCAAGUGCGUAUUCUGUGCACCGAAGAUUCCGGCGCUGGGCUGCAAUUUGUGCAAAUCGGGGGUUAGAGCCGAUCCAGAGAAAGUGUCGUCUAUCUGUUCUUGGCCGACACUUAAAAACCCUACGGAGCUGCGUGAAUGGAUCAGCCUUUCGAGCUACUCGCAUAAGUAUGCCAAGGAUUACGCCGGUCCUAUACAACCUCUGUCGUCACUGUUGAAGAAAGACGCCACGUGGUCGUGGCGUCCCGAGCAUAAAGCGGUCUUUGACGCAGUGAAAAAGAGUCUGGCGUCAGCGCCAGUACUGGUACUCCCGGACGACACCAAGCCGUCUCACGUGUGGUGUGAUGCAAGUGAUUUUGCUACUGGUUGCGCCUUUAUGCAGUUUGAUCAUGACAGCCGUGAAAGAGUCGUGAGUCACCAGUCGCGACAGAUGAAGCCGGCGGAGAGGAACUAUCCGGUCCACGACAAGGAACUGCUAGCGAUGCGCAAUGCACUAAUCAAGUUUCGAGUGCGCCUACUGGGCAAAACCACUUUUGUCUUGUAUACUGAUCAUGCACCGCUGCGCACAGCGAUGAAGAGCCCACAUCUGUCUCAGCGAGUGGCACGAUGGCUCUCUUUCUUCUCCGAGUACCACUUCCCUUCGUGCGCUACAAUCCAGACAAGACUAAUAUUUUUGCUGACACGCUGUCACGACGCCCAGAUUACGACCCUCGGGUGGCACUGA